UUUUGAAUAUGAUCGGGCGGAAACAGUUGGAAAAGCGUGGAGAUGCGUGAAAACGGGCGCAAAAAUUUUAGAUCGAAACAAGAAGUAUCUUUGACGUAAGACACAAAAUUGCAUAUUAUGUCAGGUAAAUAGUCAAUGUAUAAUGUAUUUAAUCAAAUAGUUAAUAUAUGUAUUUAGUCAAUGGCCAUAUCAUAGACGAGUAUGUAAGAUAGACUUUGCAUCCUUAUAUAUUAUUUUCAUUGUAGUAUAAUAAGUAGUUUAAUAAUUUCCUCAUAGAGAGCGCAGCUGUGUUUAAAUAUAGAUUUGCCGAUCUAGUGUAUAUGUACUUCAUUUUGUAAUUUGUAAUGAAAUACGAUGUAUAUAUACAUACUUUUAGUUGCUAUGUGAAUGUUUAUUAAAAUGUUGUAAAUUACACGAUAUAUAUAUAUAUAUAUAUAUAUAUAUAUAUGCCAUUAUAUAUUAUCGAUUCCAAUAAAUGUUAAUUCUCAUUUAUCAUUUUUAUUUUGUUUCUUAAAAAAUGGUUGAUUUGGAGGUGUAUAAAAAACAGUUGAAAAAGAUUCGUCAAUUUGCACGCGAAAAUGAUAUUACGGAAAAUGAAAUCAAUAAAGCUUUACAAAAUUCCUUUCGUACUCUUGAGAAGAAAAAGAAGAAAGUUAAUUUUCGUUUCUUUAUGAAAAGUAUGGUUACAUUAUUAUUUAUAAUAAUUAUAUGUUUUAUAUCCUUUGAUAAAAAGUUCUUAGGUGUGAUGCUACUGAGGAAUUUACAGAAUUCCAUCUAUCCAGGCUUAAAAUUACUUAGAAAAAUAGCUGUACCAAUAAUUCAACAUUAUCCCUCUUUAUCUGAAUUAUAUGAUGAAUGGUGCAUAUUAGAAAAUCCGUAUUUUUAUGUAAAUGAUAUGGAUUGUUGGCCCUGUAGUGUUGUACAUUUUGUACCUGAUUUAAGUAGCCAUCAUAUAUCUAGAUCUUUUAAUCUUGGCAUUCCUUAUACAAAAACAGAAAAUUUAUCUCAAGUUUAUAUGGAAGAUAUACAACAAUUAUUGUGGCAAAAUCCAGGAGUAUUUAAGAAAGAUGCUAUGAGAGUAUUUUCUAACAAUAAAACUUACAGAGAUAUUCAAGAUAUUAUGGAAAAAAAUAUGGAUUUAAAUCGUUCCAAAAAUUUAAAUAAUCAUAUUACAUGGAGAAUUAAUAGCAUGACAACAGGAAGAAUUUUGAGAAAGUUAUUUCCAAAACCUGUUGAUACACCAAAUUGGUGGGAACAAAGCACAGAAAGAUUUAUUAUUUUUGAUGAACCAAACUCUCCACCUUACUCUUUACCAAAUCCUGAAUGUAGUAAUAUAAUGAUAAGGUGUACAGCUGGUGCAAGAUUGAUAAAAAUGAUAGCAAGUCCAGAAUGUAGUGCAUCUUGCGAGUCCAUCAUAGUAUUAUUAUCUGCUGGAAAAGCUUUAUGGUACAACUGGUGGUACUGGCGACCAGUCAGCCUUCCAGCUUUGAAUUCAACUAGUAUUACCAUUAGUUAUAUGACUUCGUUCUGCUGAAUUACUCUUUCAAUUAAAUUAAUUUUAUAUAACUAUGUUUCCACUACAAAAAUUUUUCACUAGUAUAAUUGGUUUUAUUGUUAUCCCUUUCCCUUUAAACAAUUUUCUAAAUAACUGCUUUUGUGAAAAACAUACAACUGAUUUUACAUAAAACAAUACAUUAAUAUUUACGAAAUAACAAUCUAAAUUUGUGCUCAUUUUGUAAAGUUGUAAUUUAUUAAUAAAUGCAUGAUAUUACAGUAUAAAAAAUAGAAAAAAUAUCAACAUAUGGAAUUGAUACAAAUUAAGUU